AUGCAAGAAAUUUGGUACACUUUAAAUUUAAUACGCAGCGCACGUGCUGUCAUGCAUUUGGUAUGCCUCCCCCAUCCCAUCCUUCCCACCUCUGGCCCCUGCUAAACGAGCCCAGGUGACCAUCAAAAUUAACCUGGAAGCCAUAUGCGCAGUAUAGAAUUUGAAUGUCAAAUUUCGUAUGUCUCUUGGGGCUGUAUCUGCACAAAACUGAAUUCUAAGGUUUGAGUUGCACGUUCUUUUUCAUUGUACAUCAGCUAGGGUCACGCACUGGUUAAUUCACCAAACAUUUUGACCUACUACGGGCGAGUGGCAAUGAAGCAGGUGGGUUGCCAAGGAGGCUCGAAAAAACACUUUUAUGUAGUACGUUGUGAGCAACAGAAAGCUGUAUUGGGAGUUUUUGGUGUUGCUCUACAAUUUUCUCAUUGGCACUUUCACAAUUAGGACAGUAUCUCUCGAGUUAGGUAAUGAAUUACAAUUAACAAAUUAAAUCACAGUAACGAAAAAAUUAUUGGCGUCUACUACACUGUACGGAAAACAAUACGCACUAGGUUUGCUUCGCGUAACGCCGUUUCUCUCCCCUGUAUACCUUCCAUACCAGAAUGGUUGAGAAAACAAAAAUGAGAAGUGAUGAAAGACCUAACAAAUUCUUAGACAAAAUGUAUUAGAACAAGAUGAAAAAUGACAUACUGAAAGAAAAUUUUGACAAUGUGGUAUAGUUUGGAAAUUUGGCAAGAUAAACUUCUUGCGUCCGCAAUAAAUUUGUAAAAAAGCGUUCUGUCACCGUGGGCAUCUGUAACGCCCUAUUUAAUGCUUAACUUUAAACUAGCUUUUCACAAAUAUAUAACAUCCCUCGGCGGCGCAAUUAUCAGAGCACACCAUACAAUGUAGCGCACAGCAAUCUUGUAAACAAAAGUUAAAAAAAAAACCGUCGUUAGCGACACCUGUAAAGCCUGUUCAACAGCCAUGUUAGGACCAUGUCUAGACAACUAGUCUGUGGUGCACUACGCAGCUACGCUACGCCGCAUGCUUUCAUUCUUGUUGUGACUUCGCUUAUUUACUUGCUCCACGUUGGUUUUUUACUUUUCAUACCUUUCCUGAUUUUUUACUAUCAUACCUUUUCUCUUCUUGCUUGCUCAAUUGACCGUAUCAUUAUUAUUAUCCAUUUUUUCUGAGUAUCUAUAAAUUGCAUUAUUACUUUUUAUUAACACUAACAUCAUUCUUUAACUUGUGUGUACUUUUUUUGUCUUUUUUUUUUCAACUUUACUAAUCAUUGUCGUGCAUUUUCUUUAAUACUCUAACUUUUUCUUUUUAUCUGUAUAUAAUCUUUCAUUUUCUCACUUAUAUCUUCUUUCCUUUUUAUUAGCUUUCCUUACUUUAAGUUUCUUUUAUCAUGUCCGUGCCGACGCAUGCCUAUGUGCGGUACCAUGAUGGUGCGAGCGCUCUCGUCGCAGUCGGGCUGAUCCGUGAGUUUUCGCCUCAGUCGGUGAGCGAUGUGGCAAAAAACAAGCUCGUGUAUUGGGCGGAACCAGGCGAAGAGUCCGAGGACUAUUACCCGGCCGAUGUGGUGGUUCUUGGUGUGUCUAAGAAGGACCUCAUCACCUCGAUGGCGAAAAAAAGGAUCGCCGUGCCGUCGACGGAAUUUGAUUGCCCACCGAGCCAGGCCACGUCAGUUGUGGCUCCGAAGCUCGCUCGCCAGGCGGCUCGGGAAAAUAUGCAACUCUCAAAGAAGGCCAAGGAGAUGGCAAUAUUGAGAAAGAAAAGAUCAAGGAGCAGCAGCCAUUUCUCCGAAAGUGAGGAUGAUCUCGUGGAAAAGAGCCUCUUCAAAAAGGAGCAAAGAAGGUGCAAGGUGCUUGAGGAGAAAAACCGAGUGCUGUACGAGAAGCUAAAGAAAGAACGACUGAAGAAUGAAAAAUUGCAGGCGCUGCUGACAACAAAAUUCGAUAUGCUGUUGACAAGGCUACAAGGCAACAGCAGAUUGGCUUCUGUUGCCACUGAAAUGGAUUUGGAACAUCCAAGUCUGGAGGAUGACAUUUUCCAGUCCCAAAGCCCAGGCAUGGACAUGGUUAGCACGGAGUCUUUUGAGGAUGUGGUGCCUGCUGCAUCAACUGCAGCCAGCAGGACCGUGGCACAGGAUGUGGCGCCUGCUGCACCAACUGCAGCCAGCAGGACCGUGGCACAGGAUGUGGUGCCUGCUGCACCAGCUGCAGCCAGCAGGACCGUGGCACAGGAUGAGGUGCCUGCUGCACCAGCUGCAGCCAGCAGGACCGUGGCACAGGAUGUGGCACCAACAGAACCACCUGUAGCCAGCACGGCCUUGCCACAGCAACAAGUGGGGGGAGGGGAAAUCCCGCAGCACCUGCCACCUCUCUUCAAGGAUGAAAAUGGCCAGGUCCACAUUGGAUAUGGGAUUGUGGUCCCUUCGAACAAAUGGGCCGCAUUGAUGUGCGUGCCACGCGACUCCCUCUUUUGCAAAGAGGGGGCACGCGUUUUGUGGACAGCGGCCGACCUAAAGGAGCGCAGUGUGAAGGGCCAAGUGUGCAGAAGGUUCGUCAAGAACCCUGAGAGCUUGGCUAAGAAGCCAAUGACCCCAAAAAAACUUCUGGCCUUGAACAAUGCAUUUUCUCACUUUGUGGAUUUGCAUCCUGACGCAAAGAAUCCUUCUGAAAGAAAAAAAAAGCUCAACUACUUCCUCGCAGAGAUGCUGCAAGACAUGAGGAAAAAAUAGCACUGGCCAGUUCAGCCGACAGCUGAAGAGGAGCAAUUCUUCGUUGUGACGCCGGCACCCAUUAUUCAAAGGACAUAUGCCAUAUGCUAAAUAAAAAUAUUUGUGGCUAUAAUCCGAGACGUCAUUUUUAAGGGCUGGUUUGAUGAAGCUCUACUACCGCCACAAUCAUUGGUCAAACCACCUAGAAGCUUUGGACACUUCAGAGCUUGUGACACUAGCCACAGAUGCCACCACUGGCCAAAGCUAUUCAUGUUCCCAGCAUGAGCACAACGUGUUAGCUGUGUUGGUUGAUCUGCUGGAGCUCAGUGCGGACACCGAAUGGCAUCUUCUUUGUGUGUAUGCGAAAUGCAUAUUGUGUGUGCCACAUGGUGUUGCGACUUCCCAUAUGAACUUCAGUGUUGUGCGUGUGCGUUGGGUGCGGUGAAGUGUGUGAUGAGAGUAGAGUUAUCGAGGAGCGAAUACUUGGAAGUGGAGCUGCAGGGCGUGUCACGUGUGACAAGUGAUCUCUGGAGGAUGAGUCAAUUGGAAGACCACAGCUAAGCCCCAACUAUAUGGAAGCUUUGUAUGUGGCAACGUUUGCAACGCUGGACUUGACGUGCACCACUGCAAGCCAAAGCUUUUCCUGUCAACGGCGUGAGCAGUAGCUGACACGUACGGUUGUUGGUCUGCCAGAGCUUGACACCAAACGACACUGUCUUCGCAGUAUAUGUAUGACACUAGUCAUGGACGUACUGCUGUUAGACAAGGAAAACUACC